UCUGGUAUUUCUCUAUAUCUUGAUCGUUGGAAGGUCUGCUUGCACUUGCUCUGGACAUUUGCCAGAGAGCGCCUGGUUUUACCCUCACUAAACGGAGCUUUCUCAAGCACACGAUAUGGCACACAUGGGCGCACUUCCCAAAAUCCAUCGGUACAUUACCGCACAUAAUGGCGGGGGCAAAGCCAUCUUCAGCAAAGCCUUCGACGACGAGAGCAGAAUGAAAGCCAACGACGACGGUAUUGCCUUCGCACUCAGCUACACCACCAAGGGCUUUCCGGUCGACAUGGACAAUGAUAAGGACCUCGAUGUAUACGGGGAGUAUCUCAAGAACACGCCAGGGCUCGUCGUUUCAGGCGGGACGGUACUCCGUCACGUCGACAUUCCCCCGAAGACGGAAUGUACGAUGCAUCGGACUGUGAGCCUAGACUACGGGUGUGUACUCGAGGGCGAGGUCGAGCUAUUGCUGGAUAGCGGCGAGAAGCGCAACAUGAAGCGGGGGGACGUUGCGAUUCAACGAGGAACUAUGCAUCAGUGGAUCAAUAAUAGUACAACAGAGUGGACGAGGAUGCUGUUCGUGCUGCAGGAGAGCAAGCCAUUGAAGGUUGCGGGUGAGGCAGUUGGCGAGGAACUGGCAGGUAUGCCAGGUGUGCGAUCAUCCGACUGAGAUUGGCAUUUGAUGCUUGACAUGGAGCAAGACGUUCGAAGGGUACAGAGGAAUGAGAGAGCUCGCGGGCGACAUCCGCAGUCGCAGUCGCCAAGCCCACUAGUCCCAAAAUAAGC